AUGAGAUCCAAGACCAUUGUAGCAUCUCUGCUGUUUGUUGUGCCAAUAUUGACCCAGACAACGCCUGAUGGCUUUCUCCUUGUCGCCAACAAGACACUCGAUGUUUAUUAUGGAGGUCAGUAUAUAAGUCCUGGAACGCUUGUCAAGAAAUCAGUGACACAAAAGAUGCCAGUCAUUGGUCUCACCAACACGACGCUUCCUGGGAAGUAUCUCCUGGCGAUGAUUGAUAUUGACGUUACGCAAAACGGUCGUCCGACAACCGUGCUACACGCGCUUCUGCAAGAUUAUACGCCAUCCGGUGCUGUGCAAAAUGGUACAGCGGUCUUAGCCACGACAGCCACGGGGCCCUCGUCGUAUUUCGGUCCUGCGCCACCAGCUGGUGCCCCUCCUACGCAUCGUUAUGUCUUCUUGUUGCACGAGCAGCCAGCCAACUUUGCGGUACCUCCUGCGCAUAGGCAGGCUGUCAGCAGCCGGUUCGGUAUUGACUGGUCGGGGUUUAUCGCAGAUGCAGGACUGAAGGCGCCGCUUGCAGGGAAUUAUCUGCAGAACAUGUUGUUUGUAAAUGGUGCCCAGGAGCAUGCUGGCACAUGGAUGCAUGACACAGACGGUGCUCGUGACGAUGGCUCCAAGACAGGCGAUGUCGGGCGAUAG